AUGGCGGCCGCCGCAGACGUUCGCGACAUGCUGGACUUGCCCGCUGAGGGCCAGCCCAGGCCGACGAAGAAGCAGAAAGUCGUCGAGAAGCGACCAGAGGGUAUCACUCGUGAGCUGUACGCGCUGCUCGGUGAACGGGCACCUCCGAUCGCGAUCAACGAGAACAAGUACAAAGGGCGCCCAAAGUUUAUGAACAAGCUACGAGUCCGGAAAUGGUGCAUGACGCCCUUUGCGAACAGCGCCAGGUCCGACGGGCUGGUCUUGAACCACUGGCAAAGAGAACACGAGUCAAUUCGCCCACCCGCACCCGAAGCAACCCAGAUGGAACUAGAUGAGACCAAGGAAGCAGGCAAAGAAGAAGCGCCCAAGCCGCAGGAGCAAGAAUAUACGUUCGCCAAGUACAACGUCAAAGCACGGUUACCUCAACGGUACACGGACGAAGAGUACAACCGGCACCUGAAAAGUGAUGACUGGAGCCGCGAAGAGACGGACUACUUGAUGGAUCUCGCAGCCGAAUACGAUCUUCGCUGGGUGAUCAUUGCAGACCGCUACGACUACCAGCGGCAUCUGGACUCAGAGCCCGACGCCGAUGCGAUUGUGCCGGCUAAGCAGUACCGGACGAUGGAGCAGAUGAAAUCGCGAUAUUACUACAUCGCUGCCACCAUGCUAGCAAUCGAGCAUCCACCCUCCGAAAUGUCCGAGGCUGAGUUCGCGCUGCACGAACAAAUGUUGAAGUUUGACCCAGACCGCGAGAGGGACCGCAAGGAACUGGCCGCCCUUCAGCUCAACCGCACAGCAGACGAGGUGCGCGAGGAGGCCAUGCUGCUGGAAGAACUGAAGCGCAUUACAAGCAAUGAGCAGAACUUCAUAACCGAACGCCGCGAGCUCUACUCCCGCCUCGAAGUCCCUAUCAGCGUCGGGAACACCGCGAUGUACCAGUCCAGCCAAGGUCUGUCCCAACUCCUUCAGACCCUCCUCCAAGCCGACAAGAGCAAGAAACGCCGCUCCAUUCUCGGUCCCGAAGGUGCCGUCCCCAGCCCAGUCAGCCAAACCCCUACACAAACCGGCGCGCUCGGCCGCGCCGAAACGCCCACCACAAACUCAGCCGCCAACAAUAAGAAGGGCUCGAUUGCGUCCCAGACACAACCAGCCGUACGCACCCUCACGCCUGCCGAGGAAGCCCGCUACGGCGUCCAGCACCACGAGCGCCUCUCCGGAGGCGUCCAGUUCCGCAGCGACCGCGCCCAGAAACUCACACAGGCCAAGUCUAACGUGCAAACUCAGAAGCUAGCUGGUGCCCUGGCUGAGCUUGAAAUCCCCGUGCGCCUGUUCAUGCCCACUGAGCGCGUGUGCAGGGACUUCGAGAAGCUCAUCCAGUCGGUCAACCUGCUCCUGGACGCCCGCAAGGUCUCCGAGAAGGUCGAGAGCGAGAUCCGCGUUCUGGAAGCCUCCAAGGCAGAGCGCGAGCGCAGGAACGUACCUGAGAAUUCAAGUAAAGACCCUGAGCAUCCAGAGGUGAAGACGGAGACGGAGGACGGUGGGAAUAGCAUGCUAGAGUCCGGAGCCCCCACUGAAGGCGGCGAGGGCGAAACUGGACAAGCAGGGGAUAGUGAAGCUGCCGCUGAUGGUGCAGCUGAGGAGACGCCUACGAAAGAAGACGGGGGGCACAAGCGGUCUGCCAGUGUGUUGAGCAGCGUCAGCGACAAGAGCUCGAAGCGGCAGCGACGCUGA